AUGAUUGAGGAACUCAAGUCUUCAGCAGAUAGCCAAGUCAGUAGCGACAAGCAUGAGAAGUCUGUUGAUCAGCAUGUUGCUGUGAACGGUGUGCUGUCCCCCGAGGGAGAGCAGGAGAUCAGAGACAAAGCGUUUGGCCUUCUGAAAGACCAUAUCGAUGAAACUCUGGAUCCGGAGGAAGAUCGCCGCGUUAGAAGAAAACUCGACUGGAGAUUUAUGCCGAUCCUGACCUUUUUGUACGGUUUGAACUACGUGGACAAGGCCUCCUUGUCGUGGGCCGUGCUGAUGAACUUCAGAGAGGAUACCCAUCUGGUCGGCAACGACUACUCUUGGGUGUCAUCUAUUUUCUACUUUGGAUACUUGGGAGCUGAAUACCCUGCUAACGUGCUGGUCCACAAAUAUCCAAUUCCUAAGAUCAUCACAGGUGUUUGUAUUUCAUGGGGAAUUCUUAUGUUGGCUCAUCUUGGGGCCAAGAACUACGCAGGAAUUCUGGUUAUCCGAUUCCUGCUUGGAGUCAGCGAGGCUCCCGUUUCUGCAGCCUUGAUGACCUACGUUGGUAACUGGUGGAAGAAGUCUGAACAGCCAAUCCGUUAUCUGUGUUUCAACUCUGGUCAAGGUGGUACUUACAUCAUCUUCAGUUUAGUUGCAUAUGGAUUUGGACACGCGGGUGGUGCCCUUGCUCACUGGAAGUAUAUCUACCUUGUGCUUGGACUGCUUUCUUUUAUCCUUGGUGGUGUUGUUUCCUUCUUCCUUCCUGCUCUGCCUCAGGACGCACACUUCUUGUCCGAUCACGAGAAGACCGUGGCAGCAAAGCGUGUCUCUUCAAACAUGACUGGUAUCAAGACCAUUCAAUGGCAAAACUACCAGAUGUGGCAUGCUAUCAAAGAUCCAAAGACUUACUUCCUGAUCUUGUACAUGUUCUUCUCCAUGAUUCCAAAUGGUGGACUGACCAAUUUCAACACCCUGGUCUUGGAGUCCUUUGACUUUGACAAAUACACCACGCUUCUUGUCAAUCUUCCGUUCUCGGUUUCGUCUGCUGGUCAGAUGUGGGUUUGGGUUUUUGCAGGUCGCUACUUCAAGAACUUAAGAAUUGCUGGUUUAACAAUUCCGAUGGUGAUCGCCAUUAUCGGUAUGGCUAUUGUCUACGGAACUGAAAAUGGAGGUGCCAACAAGUGGGGACGUGUGUUUAGUUACUGGAUGAUCAACUCGUGUUCUGCGUCUUUCCCGUUCGCAAUCAACAUGACAGGACAGCUGGUCAGUGGUCACACUAAACAAUCGUUCACAAACGCUUUGGUUUUGAUCGCAUUUGCAGUUGGAAACAUCGUUGGUCCGUUUGCUUUCCACUCCAGUGACGCUCCUAAGUACACUCAUGCUCUUGCUACCAUCAUGGGUACUUUUGCGGCAUGUAUUGCUAUUGGUUGCGGUCUUGGAGUGUACAUCUUCUUUGAGAAUCGCAGAAGAAACAGACUUUAUGGAAACCCUGAGGAAAACGAAGAACUUCAGAUCGAAGGUGUUCUCGAUGGUCUGAAAGAUAAGACUGAUCUGGAAAACAAGAAUUUCAGAUUUGUCUACUAA